AUGUCUUGUACACAGGCCGGUGCCCGGGCCAUGUGGCGACAGCUCUCCAGUCCCUUGAAUAGGGUCUUCCAAAAACACGUCAGACAAGAAGAUGACCUCGCUGACCAGCCAAAGCGCUUGGCUGCCCUUGUUGCCCCCAUUUGUUCUCAAAUGCUAGAACAGUUAAACUAUCCGGGUGCCCCACAGCUGGAAGGUGAAGCUGUUGAGGUACUCUUGGCGUACAUGUACAAUAGGGCUGUGAAGAUUGGAGUUCCUCUUGAUACUCACAUCUCUGCGAAGGGGUUUCGUCUGGGUUAUGCUGAAGGAUUGCUCGCCCAUCCCAGGCAUCCGGUUGAAGUCCAGGGAUACGUCGGACUCUUCACCUGGCUUGUCGUUCAGUACGACGAUAUCGUAGGGCAAAACAACCAGAUGGUGGAGGAGGCGCUCCUUUUUCAUGAAAGAUUGUUCCGAGGCGAGCCCCAGCCAAACUACUUACUUGAGGGAAUUGCCGGACUUCUUCGCGAAGCCCGCGACCACUUCGACACCGUCUUAGCGAACAUGCUCCAGAUCUCGGUGCUCAAAUUCCUGACGAGUAAUUUAUUGGAACGACACAGCGGUUUCCAACACAUGUCUGUCACGCGAGCAGGGCAAAAGUUCCCAGACUUUUAUCGAGACAUGUCGGGCAUGGACCAGGCCUAUGCUGUGUUCUGCUAUCCCAAAGCGCUAUACCCGGAUGUCGGAGCCUUUCUAGAGGCAAUCCCAGACAUGGCUAAUUUUAUUAAUAUAUCUAACGACGUCUUGUCUUUCUACAAGGAAGAGCUAAGCGGAGACACGAGAAACUAUGUUCAUAACCGCGCCACGUGUACUGGCAAGCCAGUGCUGACUGUGGUAGCGGAAGUAAACCGAGAGUCAAUAGCAUCAGCAAGGCGGGUUGAGAAGAUCCUCAAAGGAAGAGGCAUAUACGAACAGUCCUGGAACGAUAGUGUCAGGGGCUAUAUGGCGAUGCAUACGACCAACCCCCGAUACAAGUUGACCGAUCUAGGAAUCGGCGAGGAGCACCCACUUGCUCCAUUCGAACACAGAAUCGGCCAAUUGUUUGAGCAAAUGAGCCGAAAGGAAUGA